CCUGUUUCAAGGGAACCCAAACGGAUGCCCUGUGGACUUGGAAUGAUCCCAUUCCCAACCUGCGUUACAUCGCAGCGAGUCCUCUGACUGCAUCAUUCAUCAAGAUGGAUUUCAGGCAGAGACCUGCUGCUCGUCGCCGUGUUUAUGAUGAUUUCACUCCGCCCCAUGAGCUUGUUCAAAAAGACGACGAAGAAUUAUUCAUCAUUAAUCUCACGGGCUUCGCCAAAGAACAACUCAGGGUCCAAGUGAAGAGACCGAGCAGAAAAGUAGUGAUCAUCGGCGAGCGCCCCCUCGCCGACGGCAACCGCUGGAGCCGCUUACACAAGGAAUUCAGCGUCCCCGACUGUUGCAACAUACGAGGCGUCGGCGCGAAGUUCAACGACGGAGUUCUUUGCCUUUCGCUGCCGAAACUGUCCUUCAAGUCCCCUCCGAAAGAGGAAAAGUAUGAGAAAGAUAAAUUUGGCGACACAACGGAGCCGGGGAAGAGAGGACUCGAUGCGCCGGCUCGCGCGAUGCCUGAGCUUAGGCUCGGCGAUUGGAAGCUUAAGGUUGGGAGGUUGGACUUCGAGCUGUAUGAAGUCAAGCAGCUUGCGAUGACUCUGGCCGGCGCUGUGAUCGUUGCGGGAGCACUGGGAAUGUACAUGCAUCAUAAGCUGGCUCAGACUGACGAAUGCUGAGCUUUGAAUUGUGCUUUGAUAGCCAUUUAGUUCUGAUCCAAUCUCCAACUUGUGAAUGGAAGGAUAAAUGAAGAAUGUACAAACUCAUUAGAGCAAUACUCACAGAACGUUUAGAAAAGAUAUCUUCAGGAUUAACUAUUUAAUUCAAUUA